CUUGGAUUUGUUAGAACCCGGUAUGUAUAGAAGUCUCUCCUCGUUCUCUCCUCGAUCUCCCAUUUCAACGGUUCCUUGACCAGGCUCGAUUUGUUGAUUGCUAAUGACAAACGUUGGCAAUCGAUGUCUGACUUUGAGGGUGCCCUUGUUGAUGGUGGCGAUGAUGAUGCUUUAAAGAAAUAGUUGUCGCAGAUGGCUAAUAUAGAUCAUCUCGCCAUUCCUAGUCAUCCUUCUACUUUGCGAUAAAUUGCGUGACCAUGAGUGCCUCAACUCUUCCUUACAUGAAGACCAACCCUCAGGUCAUCUUCUUCACCGAUUUUGAUGGGACGAUCACUCUCGAAGAUAGCAAUGACUUUUUGACCGACAACCUCGGAUAUGGACAGCAAAAACGCCGACAGGGCAACUAUGACGUUCUGGAGGGCAAGAUGAGCUUCCGCGAUUCUUUCCGCGAAAUGCUCGACAGUGUCAAAACCCCCUACAACGAGUGCAUCGCGACGUUGCAGAAGAACAUGAAGUUGGAUCCGUACUUCCUUGAGUUCUACAAGUGGUCCAAGGAGAACAACGUGCCCAUCGUGGUUCUGUCCUCUGGAAUGGUGCCGAUCAUCCGUGCUCUUUUCGAGUCCUUCCUGGGCGAGUCCCCUGAUGACCACCUUCACAUCGUGGCCAACGACGUGGAAAGCCGCGACGGCAAGGACAUCAACUCCGAAGGUGGCUGGCAGAUCAGGUACCAUGACGAAAGCCAUUUCGGUCAUGACAAGUCUCGCGAGAUCAAGCCUUACGCCGCACUGCCGGACAAUGUGCGCCCUACUCUGCUGUAUGCAGGCGAUGGCGUUUCCGACUUGUCUGCUGCUUCGGAAACCGACCUUCUCUUCGCCAAAAAGGGCAAAGAUCUGGUGACAUUCUGCGAGCGUCAAGGACAGCCGUACACUGUCUUUGAGAGCUGGGAGUCUAUCCUUGCCACCACGAAAGACAUCCUAGCCGGCAAGGUGUCGGUUCGUGCGGGCGUGCAGCUCGCUAUAUUUGCCGCUUUUGUUCUACUUCUUAUCGUAACUUUGGAUAACCGAUUUCGCGUUUUACCGGACUCCAUCCACGAACACCUUCCGUCCCAUUAUGCCGGCUUCGUUGUGACCGAUGUGGUCGUUGUGACGUGCUCGACUAUUAAUGUAUUCUCCGGCUGCAAACCAGACUCGCCGACAUGGUCGCAAGUCGAGAAGGAUCUCUAUCUGCAUACAGGCUGGACCUCCACUGCCUUCGUUCGAUUCGAGCACAAGAAAGAGGAGGAUCUGCUUCCUGCCGACAAAGUUGUCAUCGAUCUGAAGAUCGGCCGACUCGUUCCCGAAUCGACCCCUGAAUCUAAGAACAAGGGCGAGGAGUGGGAGCAAAGGCAAGGUGGCAUCUGGCUGAAAAGGACGGCGAAACGCCAUGCAAGUGAUUCGCAGUCCGUCAUUACUUCGGUCGAUGUCCUCUUCGGCGCCGAUGCGGUCGAUCCACGACUGGGCUGGGAGGUCAACGGCACCCCGUUGCUGCUGGAUAGUCGAACGGAGGAGCUGGAGACUCGCAUCAGCGUGCGAAGGGGAGACCUUCCCAAGGCUAAGAAGCCAGUCCCUCGAAUCAACGAUAAUGGUCGAUUUAAAGUCAUGCAAUUGGCCGAUCUACAUCUUAGUACGGGUCUUGGAGACUGCCGAGACCCUGUUCCGGCCGAACCUGUGCCGGGACAGAAAUGCGAAGCCGACCCACGAACGCUCGAGUUCGUGGAAAGACUCCUAGAUGAAGAGCAGCCAGAUAUGGUCGUGAUGAGCGGAGAUCAGGUGAAUGGCGAAACUUCUAAAGACGCACAGAGCGCGCUCUUCAAGGCGGUCAAAUUGCUCGUUGACCGCAAGAUCCCUUAUGCCGCCAUCUUCGGCAAUCAUGACGACGAGGGUAACCUCAAGCGGGCUGCCCUUAUGACCAUCUUGGAGGACCUACCGUACUCACUAUCAUCAGCUGGCCCUGAAGAAGUGGACGGAGUCGGUAAUUACGUGGUCGAAGUCCUUGGUCGCGGAAAGACGGCCCAUUCUGCCUUGACUCUUUACCUUCUGGACACUCACUCCUACUCCCCCGACGAGCGACAGUUCCGAGGCUAUGACUGGGUGAAGCCCAGUCAGAUCCGGUGGUUCAAGAACACCGCUCAGGGUCUCAAGAGCAAACACCACGAGUACACCCACAUGCAUAUGGAUGUGGCGUUCAUUCAUAUCCCUUUGCCUGAGUACCGCGAGUCUCAGAAUUACUAUCGGGGAGAUUGGUCAGAAGCGCCUACCGCCCCCGGAUUCAAUUCGGGAUUGAAGGAUGCGCUUGAGGAGGAAGGGAUCCUCUUUGUUAGUGCCGGACAUGAUCAUGUCAAUGAUUACUGCAUGCUGAACAAGGACACAAACGAAAAGCCGUCUCUUUGGAUGUGCUACGGCGGUGGCUCCGGAUUUGGAGGCUACGGGGGCUAUGGCGGCUACGUUCGGCGUAUCAGAUUCUUCGAUUUCGACAUGAACUCGGGACGAGUCAUGACUUACAAGCGGCUUGAAUAUGGCCAAACCGAGGCGAAGAUCGAUGAGAUGAUGAUCGUCGACGGGGGUAUUGUGAAAGGACCCGGGGAGGACAAUUAAAAAUUGCAUUUGUUUAUCAACUAUUCUCUCAACUCGGAAGAAUUAAAGGGAGGGAGGGGGGAAUCUCUAUAUUCUCAUCUGCUAACCGUGAGCGAAGGUUUGCUCUCCUGGGACAGAGAUCUUGCGCUCAUAUGAUGUAUAUCUAAUAUGCUUGCGUGGUCAUUUAUACUCAUUCGUGAGUAUCAUGCGCAGCUCUGUUUCCAUUUUCUGGCCGAUGUGGUCGUUUGAUACCUGUAUAGGAAGCGAAUGGAGAUUCGCCAAAUACGAAGAAUCUUUCCCAUUUGACAUCUGUGAAUCUUGUCUCUGGAAUGUAGUAUGUAUUAAAAAGAUGU